AUGCUUUCCAUCACUAUACUUACGAUUAUUAUCACUAUCAUCAUCAUUGAACAUGCUAUCCACGAUAUUGCAAUCAUUAUUAUAACAUUACCACUACUAUCAUUCAUAACCGUUAUUUCCGGGUUUUCCAUGAUGCCGCUCGGCAGAUUGAGUGUUUUGAAGCCAAAUAGCGAAUUAGAAGACGCGAAUUUCGAUGAUUGA